AUGGUUUCUCUCCAUCGUCACUCACAUUAUAUAGUUCCGUAAACAAAUUAAGCCUUAAAGAUUUCUCGACUCCCAACAUGUCGAUAGUGGAGAUGAUAGUUCACAUGGACUGUACCGGUUGCGAAAGAAAGAUAAAGAAAGCUCUCCGGAAACUUGAUGGAGUUAAUGAAGUUGAUAUAGACAUGGUCACGCAAAAGGUGACUGUCAUGGGAUGGAUAGACCAGGACAAAGUUUUGAAGACAGUGAGGAAGACAGGACGGAGAGCCGAUCUAUGGCCAUAUCCUCACGACCCAGACUACUACAACAUUAUCAGCCAUUACUACCAUCAGAAUCGGCCACUGGUCUACAAUACAUCUCACUCCAGUACCUCUUAUUCCUACGAUGAUUAUAUGCACGGCUACGACAACCGAGGUUACGUUUCUUAUCAGCAGCCGUCAUACCCGACCACCUACGAUAAGGAUUGGCCGCAAGCCACCACCAUGUUCAAUGAUGAUAAUCCCCACGCUUGUUCUAUAAUGUAACGUGAUAACAUAUUAAGAUAUUCUUUGUCGUAUUUUUGUACCAUCUUCCUCCUUGUUUUUGUAUAUUAAUUUUUUAAGAAAAGGAAGAGUACUAAAGUAUCAA